AUGGCAUCCUCUACCAAGUCAGCAGCGUCGCCUACCGCGCCUACACGCGAGGUACCUAUGAGGGUGAUUGUCUGCGGCGUCCAUCGCACCGGCUCCAUGAGCACCCGCGCAGCGCUCAAGAUGCUCGGCUUCAGCGACUGCUACCACAUGGUAACAGUGCACCAAAACAUCAUGACGCAUGCCGAAGAAUGGAUCCGCGCCAUCGAAUGGAAGUACGAAGGCAAAGGCACCUGGGGCAAGGCCGACUGGGACCGUCUCCUCGGCGAGGCUCAGUCGCUGGUGGACAUCCCGUCAGCGCUCUUUGGCGCCGAGAUUGCCGAAGCGUACCCCGAUGCCAAAGUCGUCAUUCUCAACCGCGACCCGGAGAAGUGGUACGUCUCGGCGCUCAACACGACAGCCAAUGUCGACAAGAACCUCCGGGGCGCGCUCUGGCUAGCCUACGUGGCCACGUUUGACGCACGCUUCCGUAACAUGUUCCGCUUCUUUGGCAAGCUCUACGGCACGGCCAUGGGCGGCUUCGACCACGCCAAGGAGAAGGAGAAGGCGCUGGCGUGGUUCAAGCGCCAGUAUGACGAGUUCCGCGACCGGAUCCCGGCGGAGCGGCGCAUCGAGUGGACGGUGCAGGACGGCUGGGGGCCGCUGUGUGCGCAUCUGGGCGUGCCGGUGCCGAUGGAGCGCGACGACGCGACGGGCGAGAUGGUGGAGGUGCCGUUUCCAAGGCUCAAUGAUCGGGAUUCGUUCAAGGCUCGCGUGGCAGAGUCUAAGAAGGAGGCUCUGCAGCGGGCGCAUGAGGGCUUCUUUGCAAUGGUGGGUAGAGUGGCUAUACUUGGUGGUUUGGGUGCCUUGGCGUGGCAUCAGUAUGUGCGUAGGAGAUAG